GGGGACAAUCAGCCCCAGAUACACUGCUGCUGCUACAUCUUCAGUUUGGGGCAGAAACCAGCUCUUUUUCAGUUUAGCGUGUUAAAUAGUGAAAAUUCUGCCUUAACCCCGUGGGGCGUUAGCUCUUUGUAACGACAACUGAACUGGCGGAGACAUGGCGCCAUGAUGCAGCCUUUUCUAACGGGUUGUUGAUCAGGUGUGACAGACGAAGCCGAGUCUCCGGAGAGACUUUUUGUUUGAUUCAUCGCUGAGAUCAAGAAUUUCAAACUGGCUGAAAUGGAUGAACAAAGCGUUGAGAGCAUUGCUGAAGUGUUUCGCUGCUUCAUCUGCAUGGAGAAACUGAGGGAUGCUCGUCUCUGCCCACAUUGCUCCAAACUCUGCUGCUUCAGCUGCAUACGACGAUGGCUGACGGAGCAGAGAGCCCAGUGUCCACACUGUCGAGCUCCGCUGCAGCUGAGGGAGCUGGUGAACUGUCGCUGGGCAGAGGAGGUCACCCAGCAGCUGGACACCCUGCAGCUCUGCAGCCUCACCAAGCAUGAAGACAACGACAAGGACAAAUGUGAGAACCACCAUGAAAAGCUGAGUGUGUUCUGUUGGACCUGUAAGAAAUGCAUCUGUCACCAGUGCGCUCUGUGGGGAGGCAUGCAUGGUGGUCACACCUUUAAGCCACUGGUGGAGAUUUAUGACCAACAUGUGACCAAGGUGAAGGAGGAGGUAGCCAAGCUGCGCCGCCGCCUCAUGGAGCUCAUCAGUCUGGUGCAGGAAGUGGAGAGAAACGUUGAGGCUGUCAGGGGAGCCAAGGAUGAGCGGGUUAGAGAGAUCCGGAAUGCCGUGGAAAUGAUGAUUGCUCGCCUGGAUAACCAGCUCAAGAACAAGCUCAUCACUCUCAUGGGCCAGAAGACGUCCUUGACCCAGGAGACGGAGCUGCUGGAGUCCCUGCUGCAGGAGGUGGAGCAUCAGCUUCACUCCUGCAGUAAGAGUGAACUCAUCUCUAAGAGCCCGGAGAUCCUGCUCAUGUUCCAGCAGGUCCAUCGAAAACCCAUGCAGUCCUUCGUCACCACCCCAGUUCCCCCAGACUUCACCAGUGAGCUGGUUCCUGCCUAUGACUCCAGCACUUUUGUUCUGGUCAACUUCAGCACCCUGAGGCAGCGGGCAGACCCCGUCUACAGCCCCCCUCUACAGAUAUCUGGUCUCUGCUGGAGGCUUAAAGUCUACCCUGACGGGAACGGUGUCGUCCGUGGAAAUUAUCUGUCUGUGUUCCUUGAACUGUCUGCUGGACUUCCUGAAACAUCAAAAUAUGAGUACAGAGUUGAGAUGGUCCACCAAGCCUCCAGUGACCCAACCAAGAACAUCAUCCGGGAGUUUGCCUCUGACUUUGAGGUUGGUGAAUGUUGGGGCUACAACCGCUUCUUCAGACUUGACCUUUUGGCCAGCGAGGGCUACCUGAACAUGCAGACUGACACACUGGUCCUCCGCUACCAGGUUCGCUCGCCUACGUUCUUCCAGAAGUGUAGAGAUCAGUACUGGUACAUCAGCCAGCUGGAGUCAGCCCAGAGCAGCUACAUCCAGCAGAUCAACAACCUCAAGGAGAGGCUAGCUAUUGAGUUGUUUCGCCGCCAGACAUCACGCAGCUCCUCGCCUCCUGACCUGAGGCUCGCUACAGGCACAACAGCCUCUGAACGAGACCCUCGCUUGGCAAAGAGUGACAACGACAUGCAGACCACUUUGAGCAACACUAAGAAAGGCGAGGAUGAAGAGAGGAACCAGCACGAUGACUCUAAUGAGCUGUCGGAUGGAGAUCUGGAGGUGGACUGUCUGACAGAGGAGGAGAUGAACCCGCUUGAUGGCAGCAGUACCUCGGGGAGCUCCACCGCCACCAGCAACACCGAGGAGAACGACAUAGAUGAGGAGACUAUGUCAGGAGAGAAUGAUGUGGAUUUUAUUGGGAACCUAGAGAUAGAAGAAGGAGAGCUUCCUGAUGACUUGGCUGGAGCCACUGGUGGAUCCAUCUCCAGUACUCGUUCAUCCCAUCGCAGUUCUGCUGCUGCUGGUCGAAGCGCUGGUAGUAGCGGAGCGGCUGCUGGAGCUGCUGUUGGGGCGAGCAGCAGCAGCUUGCUGGAGAUUGACCCAGUCAUCCUGAUCCAGCUGCUGGAUCUGAAAGAGCGCAGCAGCGUGGAGUCUCUGUGGGGCCUCCAGCCUCGACCUCCAGUAUCUCUGAUUCACAGCCCAGCUCACGUUCACUCAAGGAAAGAACGAGAACGGCGGCCACAGGUGGUGCGACGAUCAGCUCCCGACUCGGGCGUCCUGAUCCGCCUCAAGGCUCAGAUGGCUGAGGUCCGCAGCAAGAUGUCUGAUGUCAAGAGUCAAGUGCUGGAGGCUCGAGAGUCCGGAGAGCCCAGACCCGGCCCAUCUGGGGCCUUUGGCACGGAGGACUUGCCUCCUCUCCACGGUGAUUCAGAGAUGGCAGCUUGUUGUAAGCCUGGUGAGCUGGACUUGGUGGGGAGAGCGGCUGCUGCUCGGUCCAGGCCCUGCCGCCCUGCGCGGAAGUCUCUGUCUCCCAUCCUGGAAAGCAACAGCUCUCUGGUUGUGAAGAGGAGGAGUCCAGAGGAGAUGGAAAAAGACCUGAGAGGAGCAGAGGCAGUGGUGGAGAUCAGCCUGCAUCCCAAAGAUGGGAAGGGAGGUGCAGAGGGAGUGCUGAAGGCCGACGCCAUCACAGGCUCCCUUGUGUCUAUCGGCAGCUCUUCAUCAGAGCAGGCCUUCAGCUCCAAGCAGCAGUUCUCUGUGGAGCAGCAGAUUUAUGGAGCGUCUGGGUCCAGAGACGACAUCUUUUCCCUGGGAGGACCGAGCUACAUGACUGCCAGCAAAAACUGUAGCAGCAGGACCCUGGGGGCAGCCAUGUUGGAUUGUGAAUCUGAAAGCUCAGGAAACACCCAUCAGUCCUUGCUGGAGGGGAGCUCUUCUCAACCACAGUCAAAUGAAGACCAGUCACCGUCUGUCUUGGUUGUAGCAACCAGCAGCGACAGCGACACAGAGGAUGAAGCCCUGCAAAGCAAUAACUCCCGCUAUGACAACCAGACUCCACCCUGCACAGGUAACAACCCCCUCUGUCCAUAACACACCAGAGGAGAGCAGCUGCUGUCUGACGACAUGAGUCUGCCAGCCGACAGGUGAUCCGCUCAGAGCCCACUGGACGCUGCAGUGAGACGACGGUGGAAGAUGCCAACACACCUGCUAGUUAUACAUAUCUGUAGCGUAGAAACUGCUUGUUAUGCAUGAACUCAAAAUGAAGGCAAAGCAACAACCCACCCAUUUGCCCAGAAACAGUAUUUUGUGAAUCGGACCAAGACAUUAAAAACAGAAAUUGCCCCUGCCAGACAGCCUCUUAUUUUCUCACCAUCCACUGAUUUGAGUCCUCCUGGAUGGUGGGGUUAUGUAACAUUUGGUACAUUAUAUUUCAUCAGAGCUUCCACUUAAUUAUGCACUUUAAUUUAGUUUCUCUUUGUAUAAAUGCUUUUGUAAGUCUGACAGGUCUUACAACAUCCAUUUGUACAUAAUGAGAAACCCGCUAGUAAGUGUUGUUUAUUACAUUGUCUGUUGAUGAGCUUCAGGCUCUACGUCUUCUCCUCCAACACUGAAACCUGUCAGCAGCUUGAAUACAUAAAGCCCUUUUGUUUCUGAGCCAAACCAUCAGACUUUCUGGUAAUUUAUGUAAAUGUCCUCAGUGGUAAUAACAUCCCAGUAGCAUUUCUGCCGUUACCUGACGUUAGAAAAAAGCUGAACGAUGACUGAAUCAUGCAGAUUAGAAAACUGCUGCUGCAUUUACGUCUUCUGGCUGAAGCCUUGAGGCAUGCCACAGAUUCCAGAUUGAUCCCAAAGCCGGGGUUUUCCUUGAACAUCACAAAUGCAUCGCACCUCUGCCCACAAAGAGCUGCUGCUCUCCAGUUCAUGUACUACACAUUAUUUAUUUAUUUAUUUAAGGGAACAGUUUGAAAGGCAGAUGAGAAGAUGGGUUAUAGUCGGUACGGUGCAGAAGUUCAGCUCCUCACAGUGUGGAAGCGGUGCUGCUCUCUGUGGGUGGAUGCAUUUAGAAAGUUUGGUCAUGGUGCUGUAGAAGCAAAGCAAAUAGGUUACAAAACUAAUCUCCCCUCCCUCCAGAGUUUUUAUGUAUUUUUUUAGGUUUUGCCUCCAAAUGGAUACAAUGCAAGCAACAAUAAGAAGUCAUUACUAAUAAUAUAUCAAAUAUAUCAUGUUUGCUUUAGAAUGAAAAGAUUAAAAUGUCAUGAUUACCUCUUCUGUUAAUGAACAGCUGUUAAUAAAAUUAGCUUCUGGGUCAGUUGGAUGUAGUUUUUGGAGCCUUUUGAUUUAUUUCCAGUGCAUGUGUUGUGGUUCACACACAAUACCAGAACUUUAAUAACCUCUAAGUUGCUGCAUUGUAAAUUGUGGUGUCAUUCAGAGAGCCUGACAGCGAAACUUAAUAAAAGUCAGCGUAAUUACGUGGUGUGUUCUCUGCUGUGCUGCUGGCUUUUCUUGAUGGAUUUAUAAUUUUACACCUCCGAACAGUCAGAGCAGACAAAUUAAAGGUCGCUGCAAAACUCACCAGAGAAAACACAAAACAUGUCGAAAGUUGAGUUGAUUAAACCUUUUCUGCUCUUUGUAAGACUGUUUAUUAACUCUGAAGUGGAGCCACUUCAUUUUUACAUGUUGUCCACUUGUACAGGCGUUUCGUUACCACUGUAAAUACGUUGGGAUAAAUACACGUGAAGCUUGCUGUACACGUGCCUGAACGAGCAUGGCUUUUUGGCUGGACUGCAGGAGGAAGGCUGUCUUGUUAAGCUACCUCCACAGUCCGGUCCAGCAGAUCGUGUGGUUCUUGACUUUUCCUCUGUUGCUGCUGCUGCACAUGGCCUACACGCAGGAAAUGGGAGCGACGCAUUUAUUCACCUCUUUUGUGCUUGUGUCAAAGCUACUUUCAUUUUGAAUGUUCCCUAAACGCAUCGUUACUUAUUCUGUCUAUAUUUUGUUUUUGUGUAUUAAAUAAAAUGUUUUAAAACACUGGGAAUGCA